AUGAAUCAAAGUCCAACGAUAUACGUGCCAAUAAAAAGGACUGACGAGGUCGACUGGGCAAAUCCUUUGAAACGUUAUAUUCAGACAACGUAUCAAGAGGAUCCAGAGAAAUAUGUUGAGGAAGCUAAUACUAUCCAUCGUCUUAGACAAGACAUGAGAGGUGCUGGAAAAGAUUUAACUGGCAGGGAUUUAAUGUAUCGUUAUUAUGGACAAUUAGAAUUACUUGAAUUGAGAUUUCCUGUCGACGAGAACCACAUUAGAGUCUCUUUCACAUGGUACGAUGCUUUCACUCUUAAACCAACUUCUCAAUAUUCACUUGCGUAUGAAAAAGCAUGUACAAUAUUCAACAUAGCUUCCACUUUAUCUGCUAUCGCUGCUUAUCAAAAUCGGUCUGAGACUGAUGGUGUUAAACGUGCAUUCAAUUUCUUUCAAGCUGCCGCUGGAAUGUAUAAUUAUAUUAAUGAUAACUUUUUACAUGCUCCUUCAACUGACUUAAGUCGAGAUGCUGUAAAAUUACUUUCGCAAUUAAUGUUAACGCAAGCACAAGAGACUUUUCUUGAACAGAGUUUGAGCGGAAAAAAGAAACCUGCUCUUAUUUCUAAAUUAGCAUCUCAAACUGGAUGGUCUUAUGGCAAUAUUGUCGAAAAUAUGAAUGAUUUGGUUACAAAAAGCGUAUUUGAUCGAAGUUGGUUAACCGUUUGUCAAAUUAAACAUAAAUAUCACAUGUCAAUCGCACAGUAUCAAAAAGCUUUAGCUUGUGAAGAGGAAAGCAAAUAUGGUGAAUGUGUUGGUCGUCUUAAUAUUGCUGAAACUUUAGCUAAAGAUGCCAAUAAAUCAUCCAAUAGUUUUGUUUCUUCUUUUUCUCCAACAAAUUCACCAACCCUUCCUCCUGAGGCUGCUACUUCCUUACAAGAUCUCACAAAAUCAAAUCUAGCUCUUAUUACUGAGAAAAAAAAUUCUGCAACAAAAGACAAUGAUAUUAUUUAUCAUGAUAAUGUUCCGCUAGAAAGUGUCAUUACACCUAUUGAAAAGUUAAACGCUGUAAAACCGAUACCAAUACAGGAGCUUUAUAAUAAUCCAAACGAUAUUCAAAAAGUUAUUGGUGCUGAUAUUUUUCAACGCCUUAUUCCUUUAUCUGUUCACGAAUCUGCUUCUUUAUAUUCUGAAGAAAAAGCUAAAAUAGUGCGCAGUGAAACUGAAAGAUGUGAUUUAGCGAACGGAGAAUUAGAAGCUGUCUUAGAUUAUAUGAAAUUGCCAGGUUUAUUAACAAAAUUCAAAAGUAAUAAUGAUGCUAGAUCAUUUACUGAGUUUAUAACACCGACACCUGAAGUAAAACAAUGGGCAAAUUUAAUUAAAGAGGAAGAAGAACGAAAAGGAACUUUUAAAGAUUUAUUAAUGACUUUACAGGGAUUGAGAGGGCAAUCAAAAGAUCUAAUGGAUGACAUUGCUCUAGUUUUAGAGGGUGAACAACGAGAUUUUGACUCAAUGCGGUUAAAGUAUGGUGAUUCAUGGACUCAGCCACCGUCUGCAUCACUUACUACUGUUUUUCGUCAAGACUUACUUAGUCACCGUGAUAGAUUUGAACAAGCCGGAAAUUCAGAUAGACACUUGUUUCAAAGAUACGAACAGUCAAUAUCUGAUAUAACAAUUUUGAGCAAUGGUGAAAAUAGUGAUGAGUUAGAAAGAAUGUUUGUCGAGGCAUUGGCCUCUUUUGGUACCAAAUCAUCAAGUAAUGGUGAGAAUUUAUUGGACGUGGAUGUUUCACAAACUGUAGAAGAUAUUCCAACCAAGGUUAAUCAAGUUGAAGAAUGUUUAAGUAAUCUAUAUAAAGUUAAAAAGGAAAGGAUGGAUACAUUAAAUGAUUUGAAAGAAAAGACACAUCAGGAUGAUAUAUCUCACCUUCUAAUUUUAAAUAAAAAGACGCAAAAUAUUGAACCGCAAUUGUUUGCUACAGAGCUUGAAAAGUUUUCACCAUAUCGAAAUCGAAUAACAUCUAGCAUUCAUCAUCAACAAGCAUUGUUAGAGGAAUUAACAGUUUUUUACAAAAAUUUAGUAGGAGGGGAAGAAGCUCGAUCAUUACAGGAACGAUGGGAUCAAGCAGACCGAAAAAAAAAAGAGAUUUGCGAACGAUUGAAAAAAGCAAAGGACAGUUAUUUGGAAGUCAAAGAUGGAUUGAGGAAAGGGAUUCAAUUUUAUGUUGACCUUAAUGACUUAAUUGAAAACCUUUCAAAAACAGUACAUCAAUUCGCAAAAACUCGCCAGCAAGAACGGGAAGACUUGAUACGAUCGAUUCAAAUUCAAGAAGAGCAACGAAUAAAAAGCCAAAUGAACAAAUUUAAUGUGGCCAAUGUAACGAUACCUCAUACAGGAAGUACUCCCUAUGAUACUGCGGUGCAUUUAUCCGAAGAAUUAAACAAAUUAUCACUCAAUUCUGGAGUUCCUAGUACAAGUAUUUAUACAGCUAAUAAUAUCAGUCAAGAAGUGAGCAUAGCAAAUGCUCCAACCAACGAUUCAACGUUCUAUGACAACACCACAUCCCCCACCGUCCAAUCAUUUACGUUACCACCAAUUCAUCAAGAUUCAUAUCCUACACCUUCAGCACCAUCACACAUUAGUCCUUCAGCACCAUCACACGUUAGCCCUUCAGCACCAUCACAUGUUAGCCUUUCAGCACCACCACAUGUUAGCCCUUCAGCACCACCACAUAUUAGCCCUUCAGCACCAUCAUAUGUUAGCCCUUCAGCACCACCUCCAUUGGCUGUACCCAAUUCACCAACAUCACAUAAUCCAUACUAUUCACAAGCUCCUCAACGAAUUGUUACUCAAUCAUCUAUCGGAUAUUCAAUGCAAGCAGCAUCACCAAAGACACAUGGCCCACCCGUUCCUCCUUUACCUACAGAAUAUCAACAAAAUAGUAUUCAUAUUCCUUUUCAAUCAGAUAUUCAACGUUCGUAUCAAUCGAUUAUUCAUUCUGUAAAUGCGCAACCUCAACAACCUCAACAACCACCACUGAAUGCGGCUCCACAACCUUUAUCUCGGCCAUAUAAUGUUCAAUAUCAAUAUCCACAACAAACAAAUAUACAACAGCAACAGCCACAGCCACAAACUUCACAGAUGAAUAGCCAGUCAGUGACACCACAACAACAACCUAUUUCAGGACCAUCUAGUAUAUAUGGAGCUUCAUUACCAUCUCAGCCUAACUACUCACCAACAAAUUACCGUUUUUCUCAACAGCAGCCACCUCAACAAUUGCCCCAAUUGUCAGCACAACACCGUCAAUCGACCUAUGACAGUUUUACAUCGCCUUUACAAGGUGGCUACGUUCAACCACCUUCUGGGUUACAUCAAUCUCAAGUUCCUCCUGCACUGCAGCAAUUUUCAUCAUCUGUUCCUGUGGUUCAGCAACAACAUACUGGACAGACUAUUCAGAGACCACAAUUUAGUCAGCCUUCUCAAGUGUUGCCAACACAACAGCCGCAAAGUUUUUAUCAAACAAAUCCAAUCCCAUCACAAGUUCAGCAACCUGUAGUAGGAUAUUAUCAGAAUUCUGCACCACAAGUUCCCAUGCAACAGGGAAAUUAUCCUCCAACAACUGGUCUUCAACAGUCUAAUCAUAGUUACCAACAAGCACCUUAUCAUGCCCAAUAUCGGCCUCCAACAGCGCCACCACCUCCAAGAACUGAUGGCCCUUCAUUGUUAGAUUAA